UCAAACUUCCAUGAUUCCGCCACUGUCUGUCACCCGAAUUCAAAAUAAAAACAUACACUAUUUACAUAUGUUUAUUAAAUUAAAAACUUACUAGUAGCGAUGGUAUCGGAAUUUUUUGAGAAAUAUUCUAAGUCGACAAACACAGGCUCUACAUUGUACUAUUCAACCGUUAAAACUCCAGUGGGAAAUAUAAUAGCAUGUGCAAGUGAUGAGUACCUUUAUCUUGUAGCAUUCGAAGAUUCCAAAAACCUAGUAAAAAAUAUUCAAGCCAUUCAUAAUGAGGUUUCCUGUUCAUUUGAAGAAAAUUCCGACAUAAUGGUUUUUCAAAAGCUAAAGGAGGAAUUGGCAUUAUACUUCAAUGGUUCACUCAAGAAAUUUUCUGUACCAUGUAAAACUCUAGGGUCUGAAUUUCAAAAGGAAGUUUGGAAAAAUCUACAAGAGUUACCUUACUCUACAACAAUGUCAUAUGGAGACUUUGCUAAAACAAUGGGCCGUCCAGCAAGCCAUGCGCGAGCAGUCGGCUCGGCUUGCGGUGCCAACGCACACCUGCUGGUGAUUCCGUGCCAUCGACUUGUUGCUUCAGGAUCCAAGGGUGGUUUCAACAGUGGGAAAGACCGUAAGGAAUGGUUAAUUGACCAUGAAAAGAAAUUUGCUAUUUAACAUUGAUAACCAUUUAUUUUGAUCACAAAUAUUAAAGUACAAAUUCUAUUGAUAAGUAAAAAUAUUUUUUAGUUUUGUAUAAAAAUGUUAAGUUGUUGGGAGUACAAAAUACUUACAAUAUAAUAGUAAUCUCAUUUUUUCUUAAUAUAAUUUAAAUUAGUUUAGACUUUGGUAUCAUGAAUAUGAUUGUUUGUUCAACUUGUAAUAGAG